AGGAAACUGUAGAAAACAUAAAAUUUUUUAAAAAAGCAAAAAACUACAUGAAUUAUAAUAUAAAUGAAGAAAAUAAAGAGGAUGAAGAUGAUGAAGGAAGUGAAAAUUAUGAAAGUGAAGAUAAUAAAAGUAAUGAUGAAACAAGUAAAAGUUAUAUAAAUGAAAAUAACAAAGAUGAAGAUAAAGAAAAUGCAUUUGAUAAAUUAGAGAAUGUAACUAGCAGAAGUAGUUUGGAUAGUUAUAAUAUCCCAACGUUUAAUAUACCAAUUUUACAAAAAAAGAAAAAAAAGACGAACAACAUCUAA